GGCCGGAGGGAAGAGGGGACUUGAAGAAGGGGAGCCCCGCGCGCGCGGCUGUGGGCUUGGGGACCGGGGACUUCUCGCGCCAUCCCCACGAACGCCAGGCAAGGUCUGGGGGAACAAAAGAGGAAGCUGCCCCCAGAGAGCCGGAGCCUGCGACUGCACUCCCGGGGACACCCUCUCCCGGACCCACUCGGGGAGGCGGCGGCGAAGGCCCGGGGAGACCCGCGAGGGGCAAGCCCGGAUUCCUGCCGGCCGCCUUUCUGCGCGCGCCGGAGAGAGAGACGCGGUGGGGACAGGGAUGCGCAUUUCACUUCCCCGAGCUCCGGAGAGGGAUGGCGGGGUGUCGGCGAGUUCACUGCUGGACACAGUUACUAAUGCCAGCAGUUACUCUGCAGAGAUGAUGGAGCCCAAGUCGGUGUGUGUCUCGGUGGAUGAGGUGGUGUCCAGCAACAUGGAGGCCACUGAGACGGACCUGCUGAAUGGACAUCUGAAAAAAGUAGAUAAUAACCUCACGGAAGCCCAGCGCUUCUCCUCCUUGCCUCGGAGGGCGGCUGUGAACAUUGAAUUCAGGGACCUUUCCUAUUCGGUUCCUGAAGGACCCUGGUGGAGGAAGAAAGGAUACAAGACCCUUCUGAAAGGAAUUUCCGGGAAGUUCAAUAGUGGUGAGCUGGUGGCCAUUAUGGGUCCUUCCGGGGCCGGGAAGUCCACGCUGAUGAACAUCCUGGCUGGAUACAGGGAGACGGGCAUGAAGGGGGCCGUCCUCAUCAACGGCCUGCCCCGGGACCUGCGCUGCUUCCGGAAGGUGUCCUGCUACAUCAUGCAGGAUGACAUGCUGCUGCCACAUCUCACUGUUCAGGAGGCCAUGAUGGUGUCGGCACAUCUGAAGCUUCAGGAGAAGGAUGAAGGCAGAAGGGAAAUGGUCAAGGAGAUACUGACAGCGCUGGGCUUGCUGUCUUGCGCCAACACGCGGACCGGGAGCCUGUCAGGUGGUCAGCGCAAGCGCUUGGCCAUCGCGCUGGAGCUGGUGAACAACCCUCCAGUCAUGUUCUUCGAUGAGCCCACCAGCGGCCUGGACAGUGCCUCCUGCUUCCAGGUGGUCUCGCUGAUGAAAGGGCUCGCUCAAGGGGGUCGCUCCAUCAUUUGCACCAUCCACCAGCCCAGCGCCAAACUCUUCGAGCUGUUCGACCAGCUUUACGUCCUGAGUCAAGGACAAUGUGUGUACCGGGGAAAAGUCUGCAAUCUUGUGCCAUAUUUGAGGGAUUUGGGUCUGAACUGCCCAACCUACCACAACCCAGCAGAUUUUGUCAUGGAGGUUGCAUCCGGCGAGUACGGUGAUCAGAACAGUCGGCUGGUGAGAGCGGUUCGGGAGGGCAUGUGUGACUCAGACCACAAGAGAGACCUCGGGGGUGAUGCCGAGGUGAACCCUUUUCUUUGGCACCGGCCCUCUGAAGAGGUAAAGCAGACAAAACGAUUAAAGGGGUUGAGAAAGGACUCCUCAUCCGUGGAAGGCUGCCACAGCUUCUCUGCCAGCUGCCUCACGCAGUUCUGCAUCCUCUUCAAGAGGACCUUCCUCAGCAUCAUGAGGGACUCGGUCCUGACACACCUGCGCAUCACCUCGCACAUUGGGAUCGGCCUCCUCAUUGGCCUGCUGUACUUGGGGAUCGGGAACGAAGCCAAGAAGGUCUUGAGCAACUCCGGCUUCCUCUUCUUCUCCAUGCUGUUCCUCAUGUUCGCGGCCCUCAUGCCCACUGUUCUGACAUUUCCCCUGGAGAUGGGCGUCUUUCUUCGGGAACACCUGAACUACUGGUACAGCCUGAAGGCCUACUACCUGGCCAAGACCAUGGCGGACGUGCCCUUUCAGAUCAUGUUCCCAGUGGCCUACUGCAGCAUCGUGUACUGGAUGACGUCGCAGCCGUCCGACGCCGUGCGCUUUGUGCUGUUUGCCGCGCUGGGCACCAUGACCUCCCUGGUGGCACAGUCCCUGGGCCUGCUGAUCGGAGCCGCCUCCACGUCCCUGCAGGUGGCCACUUUCGUGGGCCCAGUGACAGCCAUCCCGGUGCUCCUGUUCUCGGGGUUCUUCGUCAGCUUCGACACCAUCCCCACGUACCUACAGUGGAUGUCCUACAUCUCUUAUGUCAGGUAUGGGUUUGAAGGGGUCAUCCUCUCCAUCUAUGGCUUAGACCGGGAAGAUCUGCACUGUGACAUCGACGAGACGUGCCACUUCCAGAAGUCGGAGGCCAUCCUGCGGGAGCUGGACGUGGAAAAUGCCAAGCUAUACCUGGACUUCAUCGUACUCGGGAUUUUCUUCAUCUCCCUCCGCCUCAUUGCCUAUUUUGUCCUCAGGUACAAAAUCCGGGCAGAGAGGUAAAACACCUGAAUGCCAGGAAACAGGAAGAUUAGACACUGUGGCCGAGGGCACGUCUAGAAUCGAGGAGGCAAGCCUGUGCCCGACUGACGACACAGAGACUCUUCUGAUCCAACCCCUAGAACCGCGUUGGGUUUGUGGGUGUCUCGUGCUCAGCCGCUCCGCCCAGCUGGGUUGGAUCUUCUCUCCAUUCCCCUUUCUAGCUUUAACUAGGAAGAUGUAGGCAGAUUGGUGGUUGUUUUUUUUUUUUUUAACAUACAGAAUUUUAAAUACCACAACUGGGGCAGAAUUUAAAGCUGCAACACAGCUGGUGAUGAGAGGCUUCCUCAGUCCAGUCGCUCCUUAGCACCAGGCACCGUGGGUCCUGGAUGGGGAACUGCAAGCAGCCUCUCAGCUGAUGGCUGCGCAGUCAGAUGUCUCGUGGCAGAGAGUCCGAGCAUGGAGCGAUUCCAUUUUAUGACUGUUGUUUUUCAUAGUUUCAUCUUUCUAAGGUGUGUCUGUUUUCCAAUGAGAAGUCAUUUUUGCAAGCCAAAAGUCGAUCAAUCGCAUUCAUUUUAAGAAAUUAUACCUUUUUAGUACUUGCUGAAGAAUGAUUCAGGGUAAAUCACGUACUUUGUUUAGAGAGGCGAGCUGGUCUUAUACAUAGACAGCACUUGUGAAGGAUUGAAUGCAGGUUCCAGGUGGAGGGAAGACGUGGACACCAUCUCCACUGAGCCAUGCAGACAUUUUUAAAAGCUAUACAAAAAAUUGUGAGAAGACAUUGGCCAACUCUUUCCAAGUCUUUCAUUUUCCACGUGCUUCUUAUUUUUAGCGAAAUAUAUUGUUUGUUUCUCCCUAACUUUCUGACUACCUUUAAUUUUGCCUAGGUUGAUUUAAACAAACAAACAGCUUCCCUUUCCUCCUGUAUCACCUCAGCUGCCUCCACUGAACCUGGAAGAAUGGGGCUUAGGGAAAUUCAGGCACGACCUUUGAGGGUUGGCUCAGCAGGAGCGGCCAGCAGUGAAAGAUGGGCUAACUGUGCAAGAGGGGAGGAGGCCAACGAGAUGGCAUCAGAAUCCAAGGGCUUAGGACGAAGUCAGUAGACUUCAGCAUGUGGAGGCAUUUGAAACUUGAUCAAACAACGCAUUUCGAGUGGUGGGAGAUUUCAUCUCUGGGUUUUGCGACCUCACAGCCGCAUCACCGCCUCAGUGUUAGGCUUGUGUAAACUUUGCACAUUGGAAACCGCUUCUUUCCUAUGACUGAAUCACAUAAGUCAAAUCCCGCUAGGGCAGGAACAGGUGCCUAUCUGGAGGUCAAGGGGCCUUUGAAUUCACAACAAGGCUGCCUGUGAGUUUGUCAGCUCUCAGAGGCAGUUUGACUACAUGCGGAGAAGGUGAUUCUGGCCAAAGAAGUCCAUCUUCAGGAAAAUGCCAUUGUUUACUCCCUCUAGAAUAUCAUUCUCCUAGAAUCAGGGCUUCCGGUGGAAAGGCUGUGUUUUUGUGGGAAAAUCAGUGAACCUUUCUAAGCUACACUUUUCCUCAUCUGUAAAUAGUUACAGUACAUCAUGCCCAAGGCCAUGCCAGCUCAAAGGUGGUGGGAUUCCUUGGUGAUGUCCCUGAAGCUCUUAUUUCCCACUUCGAAAGAACGAAAAGGGUCUGAAUUUUAUUUACACAUGGAUUUAGUUUGCUAAUUCUUAGAGAUUCCUUUUUUAUUGCUAGAUCUUUUUUAGUAAACACAAUUGAGAUAGAUAUUAAAGUGUAAUUUUAAGUGUGCUUGUUCUAUACAAAUAUGGCAUUGCCUUCCAGAUUAAGUUUUUAACCAGAGUCAAACUUAGCCUUUAUAAAAAGUCCUCAUUUAAUUUCAAAAUAGAUCUUCUUGUAAGACAUUGCACAUAGGGAAGACCUACCUAGGAAUAAUAGCCUGGUGAAAUGUAGAAUUGGAAAAAGGCAAAAGUCCUUGCUCAUGACUCAGAACUACAUCGAGUAAGGUCAGUGUUGAAAACACCCAUUCCCUCCAGGUGAGCCUUCUCCAUUGUGGAUUAGUGUUGUGGCUUCAUGGCCCUAAUAGGGGUGUGUCUUCCAGGAACUGCACUGCAUGGGGCCCACAGCCCUGCCCCAGAAGCAGCUUGGUAUCGUUUGCUGAGACCGCUUGCUGUGCCUCAUCAAUUUCAGGAGGAAAGAGUGAGAUGCCUCUAGAUUUUAAAUCUGGUUUCGGAGAGCACCUAAGCCCUCUGAUGGGAUGACUCUCGUAGGAGCUUGAUGGGGGUAAUUCUAAGGGGGAAGAGCUUGGGAACCGUGAGGGCUGUUAGGCUGCAAGAAGGGAAUGGAUAUGUGAGACCACGUGGGUUUAUUUUUUGAAGGGUGAACUGGAGUAGGUGAGGAUUCUGCAGUUGACGCCCCAGGAUGGCUUUGCUCAGCCCUCCCCCGUAGACUGGAGGAAAGCCUACCGCCAAGGGAGGAGAGGAUGCAUCUGUCCUAGGUGCAGCCGGCCUCCCUCUUCCAGGUUCAGCAAGGGUCCCUGGCUGGGCAUUUUCCUCGUAACCUUUGGCAGCAUUGGCUCAAAUGCCAUUGUUUAGCUUCCCAGAUAUUUCCCCGCUGCUUUUUGUGUUAAGGUAGUUUGGUAAAAUGCCGUAUUCCAAUGACCUAAGAUAACAUCAAGCAACUCACUGGUUUACUUUUCUAACUAGCUGUGGUUAAGACGCACACGGCAAUGUGCUAUCUUUCACAUGCUGGACGUUAAACCCAGACCAACUCCCCAAAUCUAAUUUGUUUCAGUAAUUUCUGAAUGCAUUGACCAAGAUAUUCCUUUCAUCUCUGAUUGAGUUUCUUCCAUUAGAAGGAAGGAUUAAACCUUGGAUAAAAGAUUUGCAGAUGCCCCAGUGGUUAGUAGAGGUGAAAAUGGAGGUUUCAGGGAAACUGCUGGGGCCUUUUGCCUUUGUCCUCAUCCAAAGCAUUUUGUGCCUCUCUUUCUUCUCCUCUGGCUGAAUAUCCACUGGAGAUUGAAUUCUCCGAAACUCCCUGUGUGGGUGAAGUGGGAAGCUGUGCCCAGGAAGGGGAGUAACUGUGCAAAGUUUUAUGCAGUCAAUGCCAGAAUUGGAUUACAUCACCUGGGGGAGGCGCCUUCAGGACCAGGAAAUGGUACAUGGAGCUUUGAGGUGAAAACUCAUCUUAGAAACCCACAAAAAGUCAUUCCCCCAGCCUGACAUCAGGGACAGACCACACCCAUGGGGCAGAAACCGGGCUUGGUUGUUGCAGUCAGAAGAGAAGGCACGACUCUGGUGCACCGAGCACCUUUCCUCAUGGCUGUUUCCAGGCACUGGGCUGGAUGUCCUCGGAACCCCCUGUCCCCUGCUCACUCCUCAAACCCUUACUGACCCACCCCUCUCGCCUGGUGCUGUCCCAGGCCCUGGGGGCGAGGGGGAGGGGACUCCAACGUGGGCUUGCCCUCCAGUGUGGUGGGAGGGAACCACGUGGCCACUUGGCUUAGCCGUGCUCAUGGUGCAGACGUGGAACGCGGAGGCGGGGAGAGGCUCCGUGACGUCCCCAGGGCCCCAGAACGAGGAAGGAGCGGAGUUGGGAUUCCAGCCCAGUUGGACCCUGAAGUCCCUGUUUUGUUUACUGCCUCCUGUUCAUGGCGUAUGAAUGUAUCUGAGAUGCUUUGUAAGGCAUAAAGUGCAAUACUAGCUUAGUGGCUGUUCGUUCAGUGAUUCCUUCUGUUACCAAACAGGUGGCUGAGAUGAGAGGGCAACCCAAGCCUAAUGCCCUUCAGUGGCCUUGCAUCAGAGUACUCGUGACAGGUACCUCUCCGUGGAGAGGGGCUGUCCUCUGCCCUUGCCUGCUCCUCCUAUUGCAACAGUCCUGUGGACUAGCUCAGGCUCUACAGGGGCUGGUGUGUGUGUGUGUGUGUAUGGUGUGUAUGUGUCUACCUACACACAAGCACAUGUGCACACAUGCACACACAUGCAUGCAAGCACACGCACACACACACAUACAUGCACACACACGCACAUGGACACACACAUGCACACACAUACAUGCACAAACAUACAUGCACACACACGCACAGGGACACACACAUACAUGCACACACAUACAUGCAGGUGUGCAGACUUGGCUCCAGGCGUGUGUUUGAUAGUAUUAUUCUAUGAUAUUUCCCUCAUUUCCAUAGAAUACAAGCUUCUGAAUCCUCAAUCAGCCUUUACUGCAAGAAGAAAAGAAAAACCUCUCUCAUUCCAGGUCUGUGGUGCAGAUGGGAAGAGUAUAGUCAAAACCCAUUAAGGCCUUAGUCAAAUGCCAGCUGAAUUAGAACGCAAUGAACGUUAGACAAAACAACCCAACUGGCCAGGCGGGGGAGGUGCAGAGUGUAUAAAGUUAGAUACUUAUAAAGAAUAAAGACUCUAAUAAAAUAUUUUAUAUAAAACUUUU